CUACAUCAGUUUUGCAUCGAAAGGGAUUACCGUGUCUGUGCCUUUGGAUUCAUGAUGGCUCGUAUGUGGAUAACCGAUCUCAGAGGCCGAGGACAAGCGCUGUUUGUCAUUCUUUGUCUUUUUAAGCUGAGCUCAGUGACUGGACAGGCUCGGUAUUCUGUACCGGAGGAGCAGGCAGAGGGCUCUUUUGUUGGAAACAUCGCUAGAGAUUUAGGUUUGGAUUUGGCGAGGCUCAUAUCAGGUAAAGCUCGUAUUAUUACGAAAGGAAGCCGACAGUACGUUGAUUUAAACCGAGACAAAGGCACCCUUGUGAUUAAAGAGCGAAUCGACCGAGAAGAGCUGUGUGGAAAGACGACGCCCUGUAGCUUCAGUUUCGAGGUCAUUUUAGAAAAUCCAAUCCAGCUUUAUCGAGUAACCGUGGAGGUAAUAGACAUAAACGAUAACAGCCCGUCCUUCCCAAAGGAUGAAAUCAGCUUGAAAAUUGUUGAAAAUGCUGCAUUAGGUACUCGCUUCUCUCUGAUGAGUGCAGACGACCCCGAUGUAGGAAUUAACGACAUUCAAAAAUACAUGCUUAAACCCUCUGAUCAUUUCAAAUUGGAAGUACAGAGUCGGUCUCAUGGGGGAACAUUGAUCGAGAUGGUUUUGCAAAACCCGUUGGACCGAGAGAAAGAGGAGACUCACACACUCGUGUUGAUUGCGUCAGAUGGAGGGGAACCACACAGAUCAGGGACAGUACGUAUUCACAUCACUGUGCUAGAUGCUAACGACAAUGUGCCAGUGUGUAGUCAGCCUGUUUAUAAAGCAGAUGUUAAGGAGAAUUCCCCAGAAGGAACGGUGGUAACCACUGUGAGUGCAAAUGACGCAGAUAAAGGAGUCAAUGGAGAAGUAACAUUUUCUUUAGCCCAUGUCGCCAGAGAAGCAAAGCAACUUUUUGAAGUAAAUGUUAAAACUGGGGAGAUUAAAGUUGCAGGUAAACUAGAUUUUGAAAAAUCUAAAACAUAUCAAUUGGAUGUUCAGGCUAGUGACCAAGGAGGAUAUUCAGAUACAUGCAACGUUAUAAUUCAGAUAAUUGACGAGAAUGACAACAUCCCUACUAUACAACUAAUGUCAUUUUCUAACUCCAUUUCAGAGGAUUCUCCUCCAGGCACAACUAUAGCUGUUAUUAACGUUGAUGAUGAAGACUCUGAUGGUAACGGUGUUGUCAAGUGCUCCAUUAACUCUGACAUGCCUUUCAAAAUCGAGUCUUCAUUAACAGGAUAUUAUACUAUCGUAACAGAUAACUUCUUAGACAGAGAGAGUAUUCCUGAGUAUAAUGUCACCAUAACCGUCUCUGACCAAGGCUCCCCGCCUCUAACAAGCACUAAACAUAUCAAUGUAAAAGUGUCUGACGUAAAUGACAACCCUCCCAAAUUUGACCAAUCAGAAUAUAGCAAGACUGUACCAGAGAACAACUCUCCUGGGUUUUCUGUGUUCACUCUCAGUGCUACUGAUGCAGACUGGGGCCAAAACGCGCGGGUUUCUUACUUCCUGGAGGAGAAAGAGAUAAAUGGGGCAGCUGUGUCUUCGUUAGUGUCAGUAAAUGCAGAAAGUGGUGUCAUUCACGCAGUGAGGUCGUUUGAUUAUGAGCAAAUCAAGUGGUUUGAAUUUAACGUAACUGCUCGUGAUGCUGGUUCCCCUCCUCUGAGUUCGGUGGCUACAGUUAAAAUAAUAGUCCAGGACCAGAACGACAACCCUCCUCAGGUUCUGUACCCAGUCCAGACUGGUGGCUCUCUGGUGGCUGAGAUGGUGCCUCGUUCAUCAGAUGUGGGCUAUCUGGUCACUAAAGUGGUGGCUGUUGAUGUGGACUCUGGACAGAAUGCCUGGCUCUCCUAUAGACUGCAGAAAGCCACAGACAGGGCGCUGUUUGAAGUGGGCUUACAGAAUGGAGAAAUAAGAACUAUCCGCCAAGUCACUGAUAAAGAUGCUGUGAAACAAAGACUGACUGUUAUAGUGGAGGACAACGGGCAGCCCUCUCGUUCAGCUACAGUCAUUGUUAACGUGGCGGUGGCGGACAGCUUCCCUGAAGUGCUGUCUGAGUUCACUGACUUUACACAAGACAAGGAGUACAAUGACAACCUGACUUUCUACUUAGUGUUGGCUUUGGCUGUAGUUUCCUUCCUCUUCAUCACGUGUUUAGUGGUUAUUAUAUCAGUGAAGAUCUACAGAUGGAGACAGUCUCGCGUCAUGUAUCACUCCAAUCUCCCUGUGAUUCCGUAUUAUCCACCACGUUACUCAGACACUUUGGGGACAGGGACUCUCCAACACGUGUACAACUACGAGGUGUGCAGGACGACUGACUCCAGAAAGAGUGACUGUAAGUUCGGCGGAGCCGGUAGUCAGAACGUGCUGAUAAUGGACCCCAGUUCUACAGGAACGAUGCAGCGGAUACAGAGUGAAAGGAGCAUCCUGGAUGAACCAGACUCUCCUCUAGAGGUGGACGCCACGGUUAAAUGGCAAGUAAGGGCCUUCAUCCUUGUUUUUCUCAUUGAUGCGACAGUCAGUCAGAUCCGUUACUCUGUACCGGAGGAGAUGAGAAGGGGGUCCUUUGUAGGAAAUGUGGCCGAAGAUUUAGGCAUCGACGCUAAGAGACUGAUGACGGGCGGUGCCCGAAUUGUUAGCGGCGAUAGCAGCGAGUUUAUUAGGCUGGAUGCAGACAAAGGGAUUCUUGUCGUGGGAGAAAGAAUAGAUAGAGAGCAGCUCUGCGGCCAGUCCGCGCCCUGCAGCUUAAAUUUUGAAAUGAUUAUGAUGAAUCCAAUGCAACUUCAUAGCGUUGUUGUGGAAGUGUUGGAUGUUAAUGAUAAUGCACCCGUGUUUCAUGAGAAAGAAGUUCGUGUAGACAUAUUAGAAUCUGCUCUCCCAGGAACCGAAAUAUUACAAGAGAGUGCCACCGACCCGGAUGUUGGCAUCAACGCUUUACACAGUUAUACGUUACAGCCAACAACACAUUUUAAUAUUAAGGUCCUGUCCAGCCCAAACGGUCAUAAAUAUGCUCAGUUGUAUCUUUCUACUGCGUUAGACCGCGAGAAAGAGGAAAAAAUGCUUCUCACGCUAACUGCUUUGGACGGUGGUGAACCACAAAGAUCAGGGACACUUAAAAUCCAUGUAACUGUCCGAGACACAAAUGACAACGCUCCGGUUUUUACUCAAUCGAUUUUCAAGGCGUCUGUUCAGGAAAAUGUUCCAAAAGGAGCCUUAGUGGUGAGCUUGAGCGCAACCGAUGCGGAUGAAGGGAUGAAUGGCCGUGUCACAUACCACUUUAAUCGCAUGUCUAGUAAUGUUGCUGAACUAUUUCAUCUGGAUGAAAACAGCGGCGAUUUAACUGUAAACGGUCUGAUUGAUUAUGAGGAGAAUAAAAUAUAUGAGAUUGGUGUGCAAGCAAAAGACCAAGGUGGACAAAGCACAUCAACAAAUGUUAUAAUUGAGGUGACGGAUGUGAACGACAACGCACCUGUUAUAACAGUAACCUCCUUUUCUAGUGCCAUCGCUGAGGAUUCUCCCAGCGGAACUACUGUGGCUAUCAUAAACAUCAAAGAUAUAGAUUCAGGCAAAAAUGGCAAAGUAGACUGCUCAGUUAACGGCAAUAUCCCGUUUGCAAUCCACUCAUCUCUAAAGAAUUAUUUUACUCUAGUAACAAACGGUGUCCUUGACAGAGAGCGUAAUCAUGAUUACAAUAUCACUUUCACGGCUAUGGAUGAAGGUAGCCCUCCACUGUCGACUAACACGACAAUAACACUUCGAGUGUCAGAUGUAAAUGAUAACGCCCCCAUGUUUGAACAGAGUUAUUAUGAAGCUCGUGUCAUGGAGAAUAACGCCCCAGGAUUAUCAUUUUUUUCCGUUAAAGCACACGACUCUGACUCGGGGCAAAACGCACGAGUGUCUUACCUGCUUAUUGAUACUCAGGUAAACGGUAACCCAAUAUCCGCUUACAUAUCUGUUAACGCAGAAAGUGGAGUUAUACAGGCAGUUCGAUCAUUUGACUAUGAGCAAAUUAAAACUCUAAAUAUUUUCGUAAAAGGACAGGAUGGAGGUUCCCCGCCUUUAAGCAGCAAUACCACCGUUAAAAUAAAUAUUCAAGAUCAGAACGACAACCCUCCUCAGGUUCUGUACCCAGUCCAGACUGGUGGCUCUCUGGUGGCUGAGAUGGUGCCUCGUUCAUCAGAUGUGGGCUAUCUGGUCACUAAAGUGGUGGCUGUUGAUGUGGACUCUGGACAGAAUGCCUGGCUCUCCUAUAGACUGCAGAAAGCCACAGACAGGGCGCUGUUUGAAGUGGGCUUACAGAAUGGAGAAAUAAGAACUAUCCGCCAAGUCACUGAUAAAGAUGCUGUGAAACAAAGACUGACUGUUAUAGUGGAGGACAACGGGCAGCCCUCUCGUUCAGCUACAGUCAUUGUUAACGUGGCGGUGGCGGACAGCUUCCCUGAAGUGCUGUCUGAGUUCACUGACUUUACACAAGACAAGGAGUACAAUGACAACCUGACUUUCUACUUAGUGUUGGCUUUGGCUGUAGUUUCCUUCCUCUUCAUCACGUGUUUAGUGGUUAUUAUAUCAGUGAAGAUCUACAGGUGGAGACAGUCUCGCGUCAUGUAUCACUCCAAUCUCCCUGUGAUUCCGUAUUAUCCACCACGUUACUCAGACACUUUGGGGACAGGGACUCUCCAACACGUGUACAACUACGAGGUGUGCAGGACGACUGACUCCAGAAAGAGUGACUGUAAGUUCGGCGGAGCCGGUAGUCAGAACGUGCUGAUAAUGGACCCCAGUUCUACAGGAACGAUGCAGCGGAUACAGAGUGAAAGGAGCAUCCUGGAUGAACCAGACUCUCCUCUAGAGGUGAGGCCUUUGAAAUAUUGA